AUGGAAUCUACCAUCGAGCAACGCUACGCAAUCAAAUUCUGCUUCCGCCUGGGCAAGAACACAUCGGAAACGUUUGCAAUGCUUCAGGAGGCCUUUAAGGAUGAGUGUUUAUCCUACUCCCAGGUGAAGAAGUGGUACAAGGCGUUCAAGGAAGGCCGGGAAGCGGUGGCCGACGAACCACGGUCUGGACGCCCGGUGACCUCCCGAAUCUAUGAGAAUGUACAACGAGUGCGCGAUUUUUUGAACUGUGAUCGUCGGUUGAGUGUCUGCCAGGUGGCAAAGGCUCUAAAUAUUCCAAAGUCGACAGUGCAUCGAAUCAUUUCCGAGGAUCUAUCGAAAAGGAAAGUGUGCACCAAAGGAGUACGACAGGGGAACAAAAAGGUAGAGCGCGGAAUGCCCCUACGCCAGGGUAUGGUCUACACAAUCGAUUGUAUAUAG